AUGAAGAAGUCAACUUCUUACGGAAGACAAGACAUAUCUACUGGUUUACACCAUGCUGUGAUAUACACCGCUCAACCAAAUGGCGUACCUACAACGUUAAAAAUGUUGCCUGAACAGCUGAGGGACUGCGGGUAUGAUACACACAUGGUCGGAAAAUGGCAUCUUGGCUUCUAUAAAAAUGAAUUUUUACCUUCAAGAAGAGAAUUUGAUUCUUAUUUUGGAGAUCUAACCGGUUCUUCGGACCAUUUCACACAAAACGCGUGCUCAAAACGAUCAUGUGGCGUAAGCAUGUGGAGUUCCUCAGACGGCCCUGUUAAUAAUACGUGGGGUGAAUAUUCAGCUCAUUUGUACGCAAGAAAGAAAAUUGAAGUAAUUAAAAAAAGCGACAUCAUGAAGCCAUUCUUUUUAUACCUAUCGUAUCAAUCAGUACAUUCGCCCAUACAAGCUCCUGAUGAAUACAUAAAACCGUUUAGUCACAUAAGUAACAAGAAGCGAAGAACGUACGCGGGUAUGGUACUUGCUAUGAAUGAAUCAAUCCGAAAUGUAACAUCAUAUCUCCACAAAGUAGGAUUACUUAAGAACACAAUUGUCGUUUUUUCUACUGACAACGGUGGAAUAAAUGAGACAAGAUGGUAA